AUGGUCUGGUGGGUAGAGCGCGCUAGCCUUGGUGGCGACCUCCGAGCCCAGGUGUUCGCAGCCAGCGUCAGGUCUCUCUAUCUGCCAAACGCGUCAUCCAGUUGUCAAUUCCAAAUAACUUCACAAACCAAUAUUGAUUAUCCAUCAUCCGAACUAACAAAUAAAAACUAUCACCAAGAUGAGAUAUUCGCAAUCGAUAUAAGAUUAUUAGAUAAUUCAUUAUUUAAAUCAUCGAGUGGUGGAUUCGAAACGGCGCACAUUGUAAUCGCUAAAGGCGCAAUAUGA